GGAGUGCGGCGACCGGCCUCUCCCGGCGCGGCGGAGCUGCUGAGGUCCGGCGCGUUCCCGCAGAUGGUGCUCGCGCUGCACGAUAGCGACGUGGCGCGGCACAAGCACCCCCAGGUGGUGAUGCUUUACUUCCAGCUGACGGUGAGGUACAGCAAGAUGCUAGCGGACGGACCCCCGCAUCUCAUCCCGAAGGUUCUGGAGGCGAUCUGCGGACCUCAGGGGCUCAGCAACGCGGACGUGACCCUGCGGACGCGGUCGUGCUACUUCUUGACGAAGCUCGUGAAGGCGAUGAAGGAGGGCGUCGUGCCCUACGUCGACGUAAUCGUUCCGGGAGUCCAAGCUCUCCUUGAUUCUCCGCAAGGCAACCCCAUGGACCUGUCGGACGAAGCCAAGCUCAAUCUGUACGAAACCAUCGGCUUUCUUGUGGGCAUGCCCAACGUCCCGGUGCCCAAGCAAGUGCAACUCCUCGACGGCGUUUUGGGGCCCCAGAUGAGGAGAAUUGCCGAAAAUCUGCAGCGGGUGGCGGCGGCGGGCGCGGGGGGAGUGGCGGGGCUGGUGGGCGAGAGUGAGAAGGGUGGUGACGAUGCGAUUGGGGCGGAGCUUGCGGCCGGCGUGGGCGCCAUGGCGAACGUUUCGAAGGGUUUCAAGCCGGUGGUUGCGGCGGAAGUGGAGGCGAGGUUUCUUCAGGCGUUGGAGGCGGCGACGUCGGCCCUGAUGUCUUUUCCUCGACACGUGGCUCUCCGGGCCAAGACGAUGUUCCUCGUGCACGGGCUCAUCCCCUGUCUGGGCGAAGGCCUGCUGCGCGCCUUGCCGCUGUCGGCGUUGCUCGUGCUGGUGCAGGAGGGCGACGGCAAGGAUCUGAUGGAGGUUGCCCAGGUCCUGAACCAGCUCACCAUCGAGUACGGCCCGAAGUCAGCCCAGCUCCUUGACGGCGCCCUCAUGCCGUUCAUUCGCCGAACGUACCAGCUCACCCCGGGCGCUGGUUCCACCACCGCGGCGGCCGCCGCCGCUGCCGCAAACGACGGCGGCGCUCAACAGCAAGCCAGCGGGGAGGGGUCAGACUCGGGGGGAGGCGGGUGGCCGAACGGGACGACGGCAAAGUUGCCAGCCGCCGCAGCAGCGGCGGCAGACGGGGCUGCUGCUACCAGCGGCGGGGCCGGGGCAGUGGGGGCGGAAGCGCAGCAGCUGCUCGCGCACGAGGUGGCCGAGCGAGCGGGGUUCCAGAAGCUGUGCUUCAGCGUGAUCCAGCACGUCUCGUCGAACGGUCUCGCCGGCGUGCUCUCUUCCCCGACAAACGCGCCCCACCUGGACGGGGUGCUUCGGUCGGUGGUCGACGGGCUCUCGGGCGCCGAGGACGCCUCGACAAAGAAGACCUGCCUCUACAUAUUCUCCCUCCUCUUGGGCGGCUUCAACCGCGGUCGAAGCGGGGGAGACGUCGGCGCCGGGAAGGGUGGUGCUUCCGCCAACGGCCCGGCCGGUGGUGCUGCGGGAGGCGGUGGGGCGAAGAAGAGCCUGCGGGCAGCCGCCACGCAACGGCGAGCGCUGUCGGGGAAGGGCGGGGGGCUGUGGACGGGGUCGGGUCCGACGGUGGACAUGGAGCCGGGAGUUCAGUCUGCCGUGACGGCGUUCGUCUGCGAGCGGGCCGUCCCCGCCGCCCUCAAGUGUCUGGUGGACGGCGCGCCGCCGACGGGGCUCGACCUGAGGGACGCGGCCGCCAUGAGCGCCAUCGUGAACAUGGGGGCCUUGCUUAAGGAGGCCAGGGAGGCUAGCGGCGGCUCGGCGAGAUUUGUCGGCGUCGCCGCGCUGGCGUGUGGCUGUACCCCGCAGGUGGCCGAGCAGUUGCAGCUAGCCGUGGAAGGGGCUGCAGAUGGACCCGCCAUUGCGACCGCUCUUAAGGCUUUUGCGCAGCACAUGAGGCCGAUCAGAUGACAGCGGUUUCCUCCACGGUGCGGGUGGGAGAGGUCCAGUGUACCAACUGGGAGCUGGGGAACAGAGCUAUAUGCUUGUAACACGUCAGUAAGUACAUAGCUGCGAGGACGCAUGAGCAAGCCGCUGCUUGGACUCCGCGUGACGGCAGGGCUCGGAAGUACGAAGGCGGACCGAAUGGACUGACUGUUUGGUUGGGGGGUAUUCCAGUUCGGAGAGUAAUUACACUGGAGGCAAUCGACUGUUACAAACCCCGCUGAGCCAGGACGACCCACAGCAAGAGAGAUGAGGAGGGAGUCAUGCGCGCUGGUGUCGGGGAUGCGAGAGAGAGAGAGCGUCUUCGAGAACGACGGUUAGAUUAGUUCCUUGCCAUCUGUAGUGGACUCCUGUACCGAGUCGAGUGCCCGAAACACAUGAGCGGGUGGAACAGCUCUAUUUCUUCAACCACGUGUUGGCUCGAGUUUUUGUGCCAGGAAACCAAAUGCUAAACUGCCGCCUCCCCGUCCUUGGUUUUGUUCAAGAUUUGUGCGUGUGCCUUGAUUGGUAGAAGUAAAAGUUUGCGAAGGUCUCACUGCCGUUCUCGUGCCUCGACACCUGAUUGACUACUAUGCGUUGUGACGUUGUCAACUCAUCUGCU